GCUCAAGCUCUUUGGGCCAACGCCAGUCGCCGCCCCGCGGGCCGCCGGGAUAUUCCAGGUGGGGGCCCCAUUUGGGCGAUGGGCGCUGCCUCUCCGCCGGAGGCGUUCGCCUCGCAGCAGCACCCGCUGGAGGAGGCGGGCGCCGCGUCGCGGUGGCUGCUGAUCUGGCUCUGGCCCCUGCUGCGGCUCGGCCAGCGCCGCCCGCUGUCCGACCAGGACGUGUGGCCAGUGCCUCGCCCGGCGCAGGGCGCCCGGGUCGCCGCCAGGCUCUGGCGGUGUUGGUCGGCGCCUGCGGGCGCGAAGCGCCGCUCGCUGCCGAGAGCGCUCUCGUUGGCAUGGGCGCGGGCGCUCGCCUGGGCCGCGCUGGCGGGCGCCGCGGGCACGCUGCUCAUGGAGCUGCCGCCCCUGCUGAUGGGGCAGGUCCUCGAGUGCCUCCUGCGGGAGGGCGACGAACUGAGGGGCUGGGCCUUUGUGGCCGCCUCCUCCGCCUGCAUCGCCUGCACCGGCCUCGUGAUCGCCUGCGUCCACCGGCUCCACUCCGCGCUCGGCGUGGAGGUCCGCAGCGCCCUGGCCUGCGCCGUGUACCACCAGGUCCUGCGGCUCGGCGGGGGCACCUGCGCCAGGAUCGGGUCCCACGCUCUCAGCAGUUUCUGCUCGACGCUCGUCAGCGUGGACUGCGAGCGGGCGUACAUCCUUUGCCACUACGGCCUCUUCCUGUGGAUUGACUUUCUGAUGGUCACGGCGUGCCUGCUGCUCCUCGUGCUCGUGCUCGGGCCUGCGGGGCUCGGCGGCUGCGCGGUGCUGGUGGGCGGCACCCUGGUGCAGCGCGUGUUCAUGGGCUGGCUGGUGUCUGCGCGAAGGGACAUGCAGGCGGCCUCGGAUCGGCGCCUGGCCGCCACGCAGGAGCUCCUGGAGAACAUCCGGAGCAUCAAGAUGAUGGGGCUGGAGGGCGUACUGAGCGAGCGCAUCUGUGGCGAGAGAGGCGUGGAGCUCGCGCGCCAGCGCCGGGUCCUGCUCCUCCGCGCGCUGAACGGCUCGUUCACGUAUUGCCUCGUCCACCUCAGCCUCCUCGCAGUGCUGGUGGUGGCCCGGCAGGGCCAGCAGCAGGUCACUCUGCCAGGGCUUUUCGCUGCGCUGGCGCUCCUGAACGCCAACCGCGUGGUCUUCAUGGUCAUCCCGUUCGAGCUCGCGGCGCUGUCGGAGGGCCUGGCCUCACUGGGCCGCGUGCAGGGCUUCCUCCGCGAGGAGCGCAGCACGGGCGGCGGCGCCGGCCCCGAAGACGCUGCCCGCCCACCCCCGACGGACGCCACGGCCGAGCCCGAGCCUGCGCGCCUGCAGGUCGCGGACGGCGUCUUCGCCUGGGCCAGCGGCGGCGCGCAGGGGCGGCCCGGGCGCGACGAGCUGCGGGCGCCCGGGCUGGAGGUGCGCCCUGGAGAGCUGGCUGUGGUGGUCGGCACUUCGGGCGGCGGCAAGAGCUCCCUGUGCUCCGCGCUCCUCGGGUGGAUGCCCCGCGUCUCCGGGGAGCUCGAGGGGGGCGCCGCGGGCCCGGUGGCCUUCUGCCCGCAGGAGCCGUGGGUGCUGAGCGGCACCGUGCGGGAGAACGUCCUCGGCCACGCGGGCGGGGACGAGGAGCGCUUGUGGCAGGCCCUGCGGCUCGCCGCUCUCGAGGAGGAGGUCCGCGCGCUCCCGGGCGGCGCGGACUGCGAGAUCGGCUUCCGUGGUCUCAAUUUGAGUGGCGGGCAGAAGGCCCGGCUGGCCCUCGCGCGCGCCCUGGCGCUGCAGGGCGCGCGGGCCUACGUGCUGGACGACGCGCUCUCCAGCUUGGACCAGGCCACCGCCGAGGCGCUCGUCGAGGGCACCGUCCUCGGGCACCUGGCGGGGCGGACGCGGGUGGCGGUCCUCAACUCCCACUACGAGGCGUUGUUGCCCCACGCGCAGGUGAUCGUCCUCGUGGAGCAGGGCGUCGCGACGGCCUUCCGGCGCAAGGAGGAGUUCGAGGCGACCGAGUUUGCCCAGUUGCUGGCCGCGGGGCGGACCGAGCGCGCCGAGCACGAGGGCGAGCCCGAGGGCGCGAGCCCCUCCUGGAUCGCGCGGGGGCUGCCGGCGGGCGUCGGCGCAGAGGAGCUCGCGGCAGGCCCUCCCCCCGGCGGGGCGGCCCCGGAGGCGCGCGCGGGGGAGGUGGCCAGCAGGCUCUACGAGGCGGAGGUGCGGAAGCGCGGGCCGCUGCACCCGAGCGUGUAUCGGGACUACUUCGGCCUCGGGGGGCGCGGCGGUGGUGCGGCGACGUCGGCGGCGCUGCUGGUGCUGGUCAUGGUGGCCCUGGCGCUUCCGGACCUGGUGCGCGUCUUCGCGGAGCUCUACCUCGCGCAGGUGUUGGAGGAGCAGGGCGCCACCGUCGACGGCACCGCGCUUCUGCGCUUCUCGCUGAUGGUGGCGCUGACGUUCCUGCUGGCGCUGGCCCGAGCCCUCGUCUUCACGGCGCUCGCGAGGCGCUCCUCCAGGAGGGUCCACUCCCGCCUCUUGGAGGGCCUCUGCAGGGCGCCGAUCCACACGUUCUUCGACGUGAUGCCCCCCGGGCGGCUCCUGAACUUCUUCGGCAAGGACCUCGACGCGGUCGACACGCUGCUGCCGUAUCAGGCCCUGGAGUUCUUGCAGGACGUGGCGGUGCUGGGCACCGCUCUGCUUGUCUGCGUCGUCGUGUUCCCCAUGGUGCCUCCCGUGGAAAUCCCGUGGAACCGGAGUGCACCUGCCCUGUCUUGCAUUCGGGCGGCUGUGCGUAGCUCCGACGGCUUCGGCUGGCCCAAGGACGCUUCGGACACCCUCGGGCACCCGUGGGGCACCCUCGCACGCUUCUGGACGGCCUCGAGCAUGGCGCGGAGACGCCUCCGCAGGUCUCUUAAGGUGCUGCUUGCCAUUCUGCCCUGCGCGUUCCUGCUCUUGCGCGUGAGGCAGCUCUACGUGUGCUCCUCCCGGGAGCUCAUGCGGACGUCCUGGGGUACCGAUCCGCAUUUGAGGCACAGGUUAAUCGCAUUGAGUGAGCUGCAUUACACCGUUCUCGGGCAGUAG